GAUGACCAGAGACUGCAGACAGUACAGGAGAUGACCAGAGACUGCGGACAUAGUACAGGAGAUGACCAGAGACUGCAGACAGUACAGGAGAUGACCAGAGACUGCGGACAUAGUACAGGAGAUAACCAGAGACUGCGGACAUAGUACAGGAGAUGACCAGAGACUGCGGACAUAGUACACAGGAGAUGACCAGAGACUGCGGACAUAGUACAGGAGAUGACCAGAGACUGCAGACAGUACAGGAGAUGACCAGAGACUGCGGACACAGUACAGGAGAUGACCAGAGACUGCAGACAGUACAGGGGAUGACCAAGAGACUGCAGACA